AUGGCGUACUCAGGCCCGGACGAACCUGCGAGCGGCUAUCUCGACGACUCGACCAGCCAGAUCGAACUGCUUCUCGGUAGCGAGGAUGACGGCAGAGCAUUCGCUCGCUUAAAGGAACACGGGAGACGGCGAGCCUGGACUGUCCAGCGCUGCUACCGCUGCCUAGAGAACCUUCUUCGCGACCUGAUACUCCACCAGCGACGGCGGUUUCGCUGCAGGGCUUCCUCGCCAGCUCACACACUCUGGCUGCUGCUCAAGAUUCUCAUCUUCUUGGUAGGCGGAUUCGUCCUCGUCUCUGUGGUGCAGGCCAUAUUUCACCCUUCUUACCAGCAGCCCCCUGAACACUACGCACAGCUGCAGAGGAGGAUCCUCGCUUCGUCAGAGCCCGGACGUGCAAAUCAGAGGAACGAAAAGAUAUUCAUCGCUGCAAAUAUCAUCAGGGAAGACUUGAUACGCGGGGCCUGGGGUGCGUCGCUGCUGGAACUCGUCGAGUUGCUGGGGGAGGACAAUGUGUUUGUCAGUGUAUACGAGAAUGACAGCGGGAAGGCAACUAGCGAGGCGCUUAUAGAGCUCCAGGAUAAACUUCCAUCGUACCUGGCAGAAGUCCGAAAUCGAGCGCUUAGGCCUCUAGAUGCGACCUACACCCCUACCUCAGCCGAGUCGGAGAAAGGCUUCCGUCACGCUACGGAGAAAUUCGACCGCGUGCUGUUCCUGAACGAUGUAUAUUUUUCCGCUACAGAUGCCGUGCAGCUAUUAUUCUCGACAAACGCCGAAAAGACUGGCCAUGCGGACUACCGCGCCGCCUGUGCAAUCGACUUUACCGCCAAUGUAAUGUUUUAUGACACAUUUGUCGUAAGGGACAAUGAGGGUUACGGCAUGGGCCUUAUGUUCUUUCCGUGGUUCCCAGUGGUAGGAAAGAGUGAAAGCCGGCAGGAUGUCCUUGCUGAGAAAGACGCAGUUCGUGUCCGAAGUUGCUGGGGAGGGAUGGCCUCCUUCGACGCCCAGGUCUUUCAGAAAUCGUCUGGAAACCAUUCAGAGCUCGCACUCACCUUUCGCCACGAGCCAGAGCCAUUUUGGGAGGCAGCUGAAUGUUGCCUUAUCUUCGCAGACAUGGAGUCUACCUCUCUCGAAUCUAACGGUGCUGGAGUCUACGUCAAUCCUUACAUCCGGGUUGCAUAUACGGAGAACACCUGGGCAUGGCUGGGGUUCUUCCGCAGAUAUGAACGAAUAUUUGCCAACCUCCAAUGGAUUGUGAGUAAAAUUGGCUACCCUGAAUAUAAUCCUCGCCGACUACACAAUCCUGGUCAAAUGGUCAAGGAGAAAGUAUGGGUUCAGGGCGACGACGAGAAUCAACUCGGCUCGUUUCAAAUGCUGGAGCGAAAGGCAGCAGUGGGGGGUUUCUGCGGCCAAAGGCGAAUGUUUGUCAUGAAAGAUGACAUCAAUGACGCCAACAAGAAAGGAGAAAAAAACUGGGAGAAGAUACCCGUUCCGUCUUAUUAG